AUUAAAUAUAUUUUAAUAUUUUGUUUCGUUUUGUAAUAAAAAUAUUAUUAUAUUUUUCUACAAACUCAGUUAAACUCAAAGAAGUUUGACGAAUAAAAAGGUUAUGAAUGUCAGGAGUAAUAUAAAACGGAUAGAGUAGUAAAAAUAUUCUACAGUUCCAUCGACAAUUUACAUCGAGAUUUCUGUCUCAACUCCCAUUUUUCACCUUGGGACAGAGGGCACAGACGCACAGGAUCCCUCCUGUUCCCUGAAACAAUCAGAAAGAAAUCACCAUAAGCAGUACACUGCUGUUCAUCACAUCGCACAGCAAUUACUGGGCGGGAGUACACUGGAGUACGUACGUGCUGAAUUAAUCACGCGAGGAUUAAAUAUAGGAAUACGUACAUUUGUACGUAUAAAUUUCAUCCCAGCUACAGCCUGACGCAGCUAUAAAUAUCUCGUGCUCCAUGUUUGGAACGUCCCUGAAUUUCCAAGCCAGGCAGGCAAAAAAAACGGAAGGAAAAGAAACAGAGAAGAAGAAGAAAUGGUGUAGCUUAGCCUCGCCUCGGCCGUGGUGUGAUGCUGACGCGUCGUCGGUGAUGGCGCGGCCGCUGCUGAAGAUCGGGCACGGCCUCGACAGGUUCAGGUGGCGGAGGUCGACGUCGUCGUCGUCGUCGUCGCCGCUGGCGCUGUCGCUGUCGUCGUCGUCGGCGGCGGCGUUGUCCGACGACGACCCGGGGAGCCCCAUGGACCCGGAGAUGCCGCCCGCGGCGAGGCGGGCGCUGUCGAGGAGCUCGGGGUCGAGGGGGAGGCUGUCGUUCGAGCUGCCACCGCUGGCCGGUGGCCCGUCGGAUAAGGAGGAGGCGCCGCCGAGGACGUCGUCGGCUCCGGCGCCGGCGAGGCCCGCACCCGCCGCGCUGCAUGAGGGCCCACCUUCAGACGCGGAGAUGGUGAGGGAGAAGUUCUCGAAGCUUCUACUCGGGGAGGACAUGUCCGGCACCGGGAAAGGGGUGUCCUCUGCUCUCGCUCUCUCCAACGCCAUCACCAAUCUUGCAGCUUCCGUCUUCGGCGAGCAGCGCCGCCUCCAGCCGAUGGCCGCCGAUCAGAAGGCGCGGUGGAGGAGGGAGAUCGACUGGCUCUUGUCAGUCUCCGAUCACAUCGUCGAAUUUGUCCCGUCAAAACAAGUCUCCGAGGAUGGAUCCACCAUGGAGAUCAUGAUAACCCAGCAGCGUCGGGAUUUACAGAUGAACAUCCCCGCAUUGCGCAAGCUUGAUGCGAUGCUCCUUGAAUAUCUCGAUAAUUUCAAAGACAAGCAGGAGUUUUGGUACGUGUCGAAAGACGCGAGUGAAUCAGAGAAGGGAAACACGCCGAGGCAGGAUGACAGAUGGUGGCUCCCAACUGUUAGAGUCCCUCCUGGUGGUCUGUCAGAUGCAUCAAGAAAGUGGGUUCAACAUCAGAAGGAUCUGGUCAAUCAAGUCCUUAAGGCAGCAAUGGCCAUCAACGCUAAUGUUCUUAUGGAAAUGGAUGUUCCUGAAGCAUAUAUAGAGUCUUUACCCAAGAAUGGCAAGUCCACCCUUGGAGAUUCAAUGUACAAGAUUAUAACCGAAGAUCAUUUCAAUCCUGAAGAACUCUUAGGAACUGUGGACAUGUCAGCUGAGUACAACAUCAUAGAUCUUAAGAACCGAAUUGAAGCCUCUGUGGUCAUUUGGCAGAGGAAAAUGGUGCACAAGGAAGGUAAAUUGUCAUGGGGGCAUGGUGUCAAAUUUGAGAAGCGGGAGAAAUUUGAAGCAAGAGCAGAGAAUGUCCUCCUCCUCAUCAAGCACAGAUUUCCCGGCAUUGCUCAGUCAGCUCUUGAUAUAAGCAAAAUUCAGUACAACAGGGAUAUUGGCUUGGCCAUUUUGGAGAGCUACUCCAGGACUCUUGAAAGUUUAGCUUUCACGGUUAUGUCUCGAAUCGAAGAUGUUCUUCAUGCUGACUCCCUCGCGCAAGCUUCUAAUACUAGAACCCAAGAAUCAAUGAGAAUGGCCAGCUUAUCAAGAUAUGACACUGAUAAGGUUGUCAUUGAUGCUAAGGCCGAGGUAGAGAGACUGGGAAGAAUGGAACCAGUUUCAGCGACACUAUUUGACUUUGUCAGUCCUCGAGAUCAAGAUGUUGUGGCGACGAAGAUGGACUCAAAAGAAAAGGGAUGUAGGGGGGAUGCUCAUAGUCGAAAGUUGACAAAGGUCUCACCGAUUGCAACUAAGAGGUAUUCUUACCUAGAAAAACUUGAGAAUUUGAGUGGAACAAGAAGCCCAAUAUCUAGACACUAGUUUAUGUGUAGGGGGAAAGACAUAUGGAUGAUGCUCGCUGCAGCAGCUCAUUCAGAAAAAUACAUGUAUGUAAAUAGCUUAGAUGUUCAUAGCAUCAUGAGAUGCAGAAUUGAGCAUGUACCAGUGUGAGGUUUGGCAAAUUUUAGCCAUCUUCACCUCCAUUCCCAAUGGAAGCUUGGUGCACAAAGCUAUGAUAAUUAGUUGAUCUUGACCUCCUGUACAUUGUAUGAAUCAAUCAGAAUUUACACCGACCCUCAAAAUGCCUUUUUAGUGUUAA